CUAUUGAAGUCAGAAGUCAUUCUCCCCAAACUGGACUCGUCCAUGACCCAGGUCACCAUCCCCAACAAGGGCUCCACCUCUCCUGGCCGCUCUCGCAGAGGAAAACCUCGCUACAGGAAGGCCGGCAAAGGCAGCAGCGGCGACUUGGCUCAGCUUAAAGCCACUCUGUCGUCAUCAUUAGCAAUGAUCAACGCCACCUCUUCUGUUCCCAGCAACAAACAUCGGCUGGACCCCAGCGCGGCUCUCAGGGGCCUGCAGCACGACCUGCUGCUCAAGAAGAUGUCGUCCUCCAGCCCUGAUCUUAUUUCGACCACCCUGGAGGUUGAAGAGCGGCGAAAGGGGCAGAUGAGGCCGGGGCUGGACAGAGCAGGCAGUCAGAGCGCCUCAGCUGGGUUGGAAGACAGCAGAGGGACGGACGGGCCAGAAGACGGGCGGGACGUUGGGGUGGGGACCGAUGACCUAGCUGAAACACCUCCACGCAGUGACACGCCCAGCGAAGACGCAGCGUCCAUUCCUUUCUCCAGUAGCCCAGAUUCACCGUGCGGGAGAGGGGCGGCGGCAGGAAGGUCGUCCGUAAUCGGGAACGCUCGUGUUCCCCACGAGGGAGAUGAAAAGGAGGAGGGGCCAGUGAUCACACGCUCACCCAGAAGUCAACGCCUCACACCAGCAGCGCUGCUCUACAGGGCAGCGGUCACACGCAGUCAGAGACGUGGACUUUCAUCAGAGGAAGAGGAGGGAGAAGUGGACAGUGAAGUGGAGCUGCCGCGGAGACG